AUGUCUUCCUCAAUCGGUAUUCUCGAGAGUGACAUACUCGUUGGGCAAGGUUACAAUUCGUACAUCCAAAGGAAAUGUUUCCAAAAUGCCGUUGUCGUUGAGCCAGCUUGGGCACCAAGAACCCCUAAAACUCAAGAGGCUUACUUUAAUUGGGACUAUGUGCGUACGAUGAGCGAUAUUUCCAGAUCUAUUGGUGUCUCCGCUGCCCUUGCCAUCAACUGUGGGGGAUUUUCCGGCACGGGAAAAGGCGCCUUUAUCAAUGAGGAUAUUGUUCAAAACUCCGACAUAUCUUUCAUUGUCAGAUCUAAGGUUAUCAACCGUUACGAUCCCAUUAAAAGAAAAUUCAAAUUCAACAGUAAAGCUGGAAUCACCAAAGAAAACUUCUUAGCAAAUUAUGGAGACUGUUUUGUCUCUAACUUCGAAGAAGGAGGCGAAUUUUUGGCCUUGGUCAAUGUUAGCAUAUCAGACUCAGUGGAUAAGAAGUCGAUCGAAGGUGAAAUUGAAGCAGGCUUGAGAGCUAUAGAAGUAAAAGGCAGUGGGGAUUUUACUUCAGACCUCCGUUCGAAGGCCAAAUUCUCUAUAUCAGUUUAUGCAAUUGGAGGCAAGCCUCUGAAGCCAGAUGGAGGUGCAUGGAACAUAACGUCAAUGCUGAAGGCUGCAACCGACUUCCCUCAGCAAGUUUCGACAAAUUCUGCAAUUCUAAGCGUAACCCUCGACCCCUACACAACGGCAGAUGGUUUUUUCGAGGCCAUGAAGGGAUACGAACCAGCUUCGUAUACUGUUGCAUUGAGACUGACUGCCUCGUGGCUAGACGAUUUUACAAGCUUCAAGAAAAUCAUCUCAGAUAUCUCCAAGAUGAAAGAAAAUCUGGAUGGCUACAUUAAAGCACCAAAUAAGACCGACGCUUAUGAGCUAAAUUUGGAGUCGCUGGACAAUGCAGUUGACGAGUGCAACGCUCAGCGGUCCCUGAUAACUAAGAACGUGGACACAGUGACACGCGACCCAAAGCUCGCCAUUGCUUCAAGGUCAGACAAAGACGACAAGUUCAAAUAUACCAAACCAGGCCAGAUUCGAGAUCGUCUGCCUGCCAAGAAGAAUGUCACACAGUCCACUCUCGCAAGCCUUUCGGGUAGUUCAAUUGUAUGCUGCAAUGUUUUGGAAGGGGAGACAAAGUGCACAAAACUAUACUGGCAACAUGAGAAUGGUUCCAUCAUGGAGUCUACAUGUAAGAAUUUGGAGUGGAGUCUGGAGCAGACCAUGGUGGCUACCGGUGCGAUGCCAAACACUCCGCUGGCGGCAGUUUUUGAUCCUACGUCUACAAAGACUCGUGUGUUUUACAUGAGCAAGGGUCGCAUAUGCGAACUUGUUCGUGCGGUGAACCACGCCGUGUGGAUAGACGGCGAGUUUGUUAAUCCUACAGCGACAAACUCUCCCAUUACGAAUCUUGCUGUAUAUCGACAACCAAGUGGGCGGCUGCAUCUCUUUUACCAGGACCAAAAACACAAGUUGAUACACGAGGUUUUCGAGCCGGGUGCUACCGAAUGGGCGGCGCCUUCUGGGAUUCCAGAAGAUCAAUACACCAUGGUGCCUGGAAGCUCACUGACUGUUCUACCCGGCGUUGAUGAUUGGUUUUCGGUAGUUUUUCAGGGGUCUGAUGCGAACUGGAUCGAGCUGGUCUUUGACCCUACUACAGAAGACGCUGCACAAAAAUGGAAAAAAGCUGAAAUCGGUCUUACGCUCCGCCUCUGUCGUCCUGGUAAUGGUCUAAGUUCAACAUUUUUAGAAAGCACCAAGACAAAAGAACUCGUUGCAAUCUACCCUUCCAAUGAAAUCUGGAUGACCAAGUAUGAAAAUGAUAAAUGGUCCGAUCCAGCGCAUGUUGGUACAGUAUCAGCUUCAGGCAAAGUUGCCAUAAACCAUGGCUCUAGCGGUGACUGUCGGAUCUAUGCUUCGAAGAAUAGAGGCGUCGUUGAAAUGACCUGGGAUGACAGCAAGAAAGUUUGCAAGGUCACUCGCGAGGCUGGGAUGCCAAUCCUCCCAGCUUGA